AUGACCUCGCCAGGAGUCAACAUGAGCUUAAUGUCUACCAAGUCAUCAUCAGUAAAUGGAACAUCACCAAAACCAGUAAUCACAACUCGUUCUCUACCGACAGCCACAGCUGCUCCUGCACCAGACUCAACAAUACAGCUGGGAUUUAGCUUGAAUCAAAAUUUUGAACCAGAAUUUGCUGAUAAAAAUUCUCAAAAGUUCAAAGAUUUAGCAAACAAAAUAACAGCUGUACUUGAUAACAUCUAUAAAAACAAAUUUGGGAGAAGAUUCCUUCGAUCUUUGAUACGCUCUUUCAGACAAGGUUCCGUGGUGGUAGAUUCUGAGCUGAUUUUUGCCAAUGCCAGCUCAGUGCCAGUUGCUAAUUUGGCGCAAACCACUCUAGUGGAGGCAGCGUCCAACAGUUCCAACUUCUCCCUACCAGUGAAUGUUUCAACCAUUGUUGCAGCGGCCCAAACUGCUGCCCCUAAUGCCACAGUGACCUCACCAGCAGUCAACAUGACCACACUAAGAGUCAACAUGACCUCGUCAAGAGUCAACAUGACCUCGCCAAGUGUCAACAUGACCUCACCAAGAGUGAACGUGACCUCGCCAGGACUUGAUAACAUCUAUAAAAACAAAUUUGGGAGAAGAUUCCUUCGAUCUUUGAUACGCUCUUUCAGACAAGGUUCCGUGGUGGUAGAUUCUGAGCUGAUUUUUGCCAAUGCCAGCUCAGUGCCAGUUGCUAAUUUGGCGCAAACCACUCUAGUGGAGGCAGCGUCCAACAGUUCCAACUUCUCCCUACCAGUGAAUGUUUCAACCAUUGUUGCAGUCAACAUGACCUCACCAAGAGUCAACGUGACCUCGCCAGGAGUCAAUGUUACCUCGCCAAGAGUAAACAUGACCUCGCCAAGAGUCAACAUGACCUCACCACAAGUCAACAUGACCUCGCCAAGAGUCAACAUGACCUCACCAGGAGUCAACAUGAGCUUAAUGUCUACCAAGUCAUCAUCAGUAAAUGGAACAUCACCAAAACCAGUAAUCACAACUGGUUCUCUACCGACAGCCACAGCUGCUCCUGCACCAGACUCAACAAUACAGCUGGGAUUUAGCUUGAAUCAAAAUUUUGAACCAGAAUUUGCUGAUAAAAAUUCUCAAAAGUUCAAAGAUUUAGCAAACAAAAUAACAGCUGUACUUGAUAACAUCUAUAAAAACAAAUUUGGGAGAAGAUUCCUUCGAUCUUUGAUACGCUCUUUCAGACAAGGUUCCGUGGUGGUAGAUUCUGAGCUGAUUUUUGCCAAUGCCAGCUCAGUGCCAGUUGCUAAUUUGGCGCAAACCACUCUAGUGGAGGCAGCGUCCAACAGUUCCAACUUCUCCCUACCAGUGAAUGUUUCAACCAUUGUUGCAGCGGCCCAAACUGCUGCCCCUAAUGCCACAGUGACCUCACCAGCAGUCAACAUGACCACACUAAGAGUCAACAUGACCUCGUCAAGAGUCAACAUGACCUCGCCAAGUGUCAACAUGACCUCACCAAGAGAGUCAACAUGA